CUGCGGCGCUGUAAGCAGGGUCUGCCCGCCUUCCGCCAGGCCCAGCCCGGCCGCGAUGUGCUCGAGGAGUUCCAGCGCCGAGAGCCCUACAAGUACCUGCAAUUCGCCUACUUCAAGGCUAAUAACCUUCCAAAAGCUAUUGCAGCAGCUCACACAUUUCUCCUGAAGCAUCCAGAAGAUGAAAUGAUGCAAAGAAAUAUGGCCUACUAUAAGAGCAUACCUGAUGCAGAGGAGCAUAUUAAAGACUUGGAGACAAAACCUUAUGAGAAUCUCUUUGUCAGGGCUGUGAGAGCAUACAAUGGUGACAACUGGAGAACAUCCAUCUCGGACAUGGAACUGGCUCUUCCCAAUUUCUUCAAAGCCUACGAUGACUGUUCAGCAGCCUGCGAAGGCUCCCGAGAGAUCAAAGAUUUUAAAGACUUUUAUCUCUCCAUUGCAGAUCAUUAUAUUGAGGUCCUUGCCUGCAAAGUAGAGUGUGAGAGUAAUCUGACCCCUAUUAUCGGAGGCUUUGUUGUGGAGAAAUUUGUGGCCACCAUGUACCAUUACUUGCAGUUUGCUUAUUAUAAAUUGAAUGACAUGAAGAAUGCAGCUUCUUGUGCUGCCAGUUACCUUCUGUUUGACCAGAAAGAUGAAGUAAUGAAACAGAACAUGGUCUAUUAUCAGUACCACAAAGACAAAUGGGGACUUACAGAAGAGGAUUUUCAGCCCAGAUCGGAAGCAGUUCGAUACCACAAUAUAACCACGCUCCAGUUGGAAAUGUAUGAAUUUGCAAAGGAACAUCUGAUGGAUGAUGAUGAGGGUGAAGUUGUGGAAUUCCUUGAUGAGUCGUUAGAAGCAAAGGAAAAGAAGGAAUCCUGAUGAAUGAAAUCACCACCGAGUAUUGUACAGAAGUGAAGACUCACUCACCAUUGCUCCUUACUAUUGUUUUUGGUUGCCUGUAGUUCCAGUUAGAUAUACCUCAAAGCU